GCUCCUCGGACCUCUGGCGCUGGGGCUCCUGCUGCUGCCUGCAUCUGAAACAAUACCUGGUGUUUUAACUCAGGAUUCUGGCAGCAGGAAAUGUCCAACCAAAGCACCGUGACCGAGUUCCUUCUCCAGGGAUUCUCUGAUGUUCGGGAGCUGCAGAUUUUGCACUUUGUGGUGUUCCUGGUGAUCUACCUGGCAGCGGUAAUGGGCAAUCUUCUCAUCAUCACAGCCGUAGCCAUUGAUCACCAUCUUCACAGCCCCAUGUACUUCUUCCUGGGCAACUUGUCCUUCCUAGAUGUCUGCUACAUAUCCGUCACCGUUCCCAAGUCCAUGGUGAACUCCCUAACCAACACCAGACUGAUCUCUUUUUCUGGCUGUGUUGCCCAAGUCUAUUUUGGUAUCUUCUUUGCCUUUUCAGAGUUGGUCCUUCUCGCAGCGAUGGCAUACGACCGCUACGUUGCAAUCUGCCAUCCUUUGCGUUACAGGGUCAUCAUGACCAGAGGGGCAUGUGCACAGAUGGCAGCUGGUUCCUGGAUCAGCAGCUGUAUCUAUUCAUUGCUCCACACUACUAAUACCUUCCUAUUACCUUUCUGUGGGUCCAAUGUUGUUGAUCAGUUCUUCUGUGAUAUCCCACAGCUCCUGAAAAUCUCUUGUGCUGAUACAAGUGCUAAUGAAAUAGUAGAUAUUCUAUGUAGUGCUGUUGUGGGUUUAUUUUUCUUAAUUUCCAUAUUGGUGUCCUAUAUUCACAUCCUUUCUGCUGUGCUGAGAAUCCCCUCUGCACAGGGCAGGUAUAAAGCCUUCUCCACUUGUCUGCCACACCUAGUUGUGUUUUCGUUGUUUAUCAGCACUGGCAUAUAUACGUACCUAAGGCCGGGAUCAGAAUCUUCCCCGUAUCAGGGCAUGCUGGCUACUAUGUUAUAUUCUGUAGUUACCCCAGUAAUAAAUCCACUCAUUUACAGCCUGAGAAACAAGGAGAUAAAAGAAGCUCUGGGCAAAAUUUCAAGCCAGAUAUUUUUCACCAAGAGCAUUUUUACUUCUUAA